CGUGGCCCAGGUACGCCCCCUUACCCAUGUGCUCAGAAAUGAAAACAAAAUAUCGCAAAAUAUUAAAAUUUUGAAGCAAUAUUUUGUCGGCUGCAGAUUUUGAACCAUUGAAAAAUUAUUAGAGACCAUCUCAACAUAUCAAGGAAUUGAAUAUUGAAUCAGAGCAGAGUGCACAAUGGACCAGAAUUCAUCUGUCAGUGGAGCCGAAGAGGCUGUUUUUGUCAAAAGUGAGCAGUUGCCCGAAAAUACACCCGAGGUCAAAGGUUACGACUGGAAUAAAGGGAUUGACUAUCACAAGUUGUUUGAUGUUUUCAAAUAUUCGGGUUUCCAAGCCACAAAUUUUGGAUUGGCAGUGGACGAAAUCAAUCGAAUGAUCGAAAAUCGAAAAAUUCCUCUAAAUGAAGAUCAAAGUGAUGAUUUGGAAGAUGACGAAUUCAUCAAGCGUCGUUCUGGCUGCACACUUUUCCUUGGAUACACAUCCAACAUGUCAUCGUGUGGCGUUCGGGACUCAAUUCGCUUCCUGGUUCAACACAGAAUGGUCGAUUGCAUUGUGACCACAGCGGGAGGAGUAGAAGAAGAUUUUAUAAAAUGCUUAGCACCCACAUAUGUGGGGAGCUUCCGACUAGAUGGCCGCACUCUAAGGAAUCAGGGCAUCAACAGGAUAGGAAAUUUACUAGUUCCCAACAACAACUAUUGCCUGUUUGAAGAUUGGCUCAUGCCUAAGUUAGACGAAAUGCUAGUGAUUCAGAAAGAAACGGGUAAAGUUUGGACUCCUUCGAAAGUGAUCUCGUACCUUGGCGAGGCAAUCGACGAUCCUUCGUCUAUUUGUUAUUGGGCAGCAAAAAAUAAGAUUCCAAUCUUCAGUCCUGCACUGACUGACGGAAGCCUUGGGGACAUGAUGUACUUCCACUCGGUACGAAACCCAGGACUCAUCCUCGACAUUAUUCAAGAUCUCAGGAGAAUUAAUACAAUGGCGGUCAAGGCUGUUAGCACAGGGAUGAUAAUUUUGGGCGGUGGAGUAAUAAAACAUCACAUUUGUAAUGCUAAUUUGAUGAGAAACGGUGCUGAUUACUCGGUUUUUGUGAAUACUGCAAGUGAAUUUGACGGGUCAGACAGCGGCGCCCAGCCUGACGAAGCAAUUUCUUGGGGUAAAAUUAAAAAGGACGCUCAACCCGUGAAGGUUUAUGCUGAUGCUAGUCUUGUUUUUCCUCUACUGGUCGGAGAAACGUUUGCUCGAGACUUCCACGGGAAAUCUACAGCAGAUUAAUUCCACAUUUACUGCUUUGUCAGUCCCACCUUACGACCAAACCUUAAGUAUUUGAAGUUACUUGGUCUUGGCUCUGUCGUACUCUGCCGAGAAUUUGUUCGACCGCCGCCAGCUUGGAUUUGCUGUCAUCGUCCAGGUUAUUUGGUAGCCCUGAAGAAACGAGCACCGUUUUUUCUGCGACCCCUUUCAACUGCUGCAAACUAGUGUCCGCUCGGGACAGUUCGAUCGGACUCAUUAUCACAGUCACGUCCCCAUUGUACACUGCACUGUUCCCGAAAUGCACAUUGCUGGAAUGCUUCACUUGCACGUUUGAGAAGUGCGUCGAUGGCACUUGAAUGUUGACUGUCUGGCCAUCUUCCUCCUCGGACGAAUCCUCGCUGCUGCUUUCUUCAGCCAAAGCAGAGUUGAUAAAGCCAGUCCUAUUCACAGCAAAGUUUGUUUCCGACGACAUUUUUAAAUCUUUUCGGAAUAAAUUAACCGUCUCGGUGUGCUAAGCCAUUACAUCCGUAGUGAGAUAAUUCUCACUUGGCAGGCAACUGGUGCUCGUGGUCGCGACUUUCUAUGUGCAAGGAUACCCGCGCCCCGAUGCUACUGACAUCUGUGUUCGUCGGCCUUGCCGGGUAUUCAGUGGCUUUUUGCACCAGCAUUAUCCAACGCCCCUGACAAUGCGAGAUGAGCCCGUCCAUUGUUUCGCUUUUUCCUGGUUUGGGAUUCCCUACUCUAAC